UGCGCAGCCGCAGUCUCUCCAGGACGCAGAGAGCAGAAGAAGAGGGAGACAGGGGCAAAAAAAAAAAAAAGAAAAAAAAAGAAAAAAGAAAGAUGGCCCUCGAUAAUUUAAUUUUCGCCCAGUGCAUCCUUUAUUUCUUAGCCUUCGUGUUCGGGUUCAUCGCCGUGGUGCCUCUGUCCGAGAACACGGAGGACUUCGGGGGGAAAUGCCUGCUCUUCACGCGGGGAAUGUGGCAGAAUGAGAACAUCACUGUGUCGAAGCAGCGCUACAUCGUGGAGGAGUGGGGACCCGAGUCCUCCUGCAGCUUCAUCACUUUUGUCGGGAUAGCGUCCCUCAUCCUGUCCGCGGUGCAGGCAUGGAGGCUGCUGUUCUUCCUGUGCAAGGGACACGACGACUCCAUCUUCAACGCCUUCCUCAACCUGCUCAUCAGCUCCCUGGUGGUGUUCACAGUCUUCCUGUCCAGCACCAUCGUCAGCGUGGGCUUCAACAUGUGGUGCGACUCCAUCACAGAGGGUGGCAGCAUGCCCAGCAGCUGCGAGGACCUGCAGGACACCGAUCUAGAACUGGGCCUGGACAACUCCGCUUUCUACGACCAGUUCGCUAUAGCUCAGUUCGGGCUGUGGGCUGCCUGGCUCACCUGGCUGGGGAUCGCGGUCAUGGCCUUCCUGAAGGUGUACCACAACUACAGACAAGAGGACCUGCUCGACAGCCUGAUCCACGAGAAGGACCUGCUGCUGGGCCGCUCCUCGCGCCGCGGCUCCGACUACAAGACCGGCCUGAUCUAGAAAACACAAACACUCAGCUCACACUCAGCUGUACAGUCCUCUCGCCUGCCAUGAGAAAACACCAAGGUUUGCCUCUGUAGACAAUCAAAACCAAUUGGCUUCCGCUCGCAUUGAUCAAACGGAGGGCUUUAGCUUCUGUUCUCCAAAGGUAAUUGAUCUCCCCUCAAAAAGCUGUCCCCGGUUUAUAGAGUUAUUCAUCUAUUGUGUGCAUUCCCCUUCAACACAUACAGCCGUACUUUAGCUUUGGCGCUAUUAAAACAAUUUAAUGGAGAUAUACACCCAGUUUUUCUCAACCCAGCACAGUAUUAAUGACUCGGGACAGAUUGGCCGAUGGAUAAUGUUGUCUUCGUGAAACUUCUGCAUGGACCUAAUGCAUGACAAAUUAAUAGGGGUGGUGGGUUUCUUAGAUAUAAGGGGACUUUCUUUUGUUUUUAUAGACUAAUAAUUGUGUUCCUAAAGUAGGCUUCUUUCUGGUAGGUCGCACACUACCUGAUAUGAAUUCGUUUGCAUGCUGCAGCAAAGCAAAGCGCUGUGUGCUUUUGCAGUGUAUUCACACGUUUAUCAACAGUUACAAAAGGUGUUUUAUAUAUAAAAGUGACAAAUUGUUGUUCAGAACAUUCGUGGAUCAGGCAGCCAGUCCGGAAAAAAACUGCUUCUAGCGAACUGUGUGAGACAAAAACCGAAUCCUAUUUUGUGCCAUAUACAGUAGUAACUCAGGCUUCUCCUUCACUUUAUAGGCUACAAACCAAUAUACUGUGCUACUGUGAAUAGACGCACACAUGUACCCUGCAUGCAUCUCUCUCUACCCGUCGCAUACACAUCACACACUCGCCUGCUGUAAGAGAUUAGGGGGGAAGGGAAAAAAAAAGCAAAAUCACCUGCUCGACUUUGAUAGGCAAUGACAGUUUUAUUCCAAACAAAUCAUAAAACGGUUAGGAACUAAGAAAACCCUUCCAUAAAGGCACUUCUUUCAAAGUGACCGUAAAUGUUUGGACAGCCGUGAAAUGCAGCUCUCGAAGCUCAGUGUGCACAUACAGGACGUGAGUUCACCGGGUAUUGUUUUUAUUGCUGAUGACAAUUUAGUUUGGACGGUGCAGAGCGGGUCCGUCCUUCCAUCCGGGCGUUAUCAGCCUUAUAUUGCUUUGACAUUCAAAUGUAAAAUACUUUAGCUUUUUUUUUUGAGUUCCCUGAAACCUGUUAUAUAAAGAGCAAUGUUUUACUGGAAACUAUGUGAUGUGUGUUAUUGCUGACGAUGAGAGGUCCAUGGGGCGUGCAUCACUGUGCCCUUUGAUAUCCUAUAAUCCGUAUGUGUGUCGGUUUGGCUGUUUGAAUUAUAUUUGCUUCAUCUGAUAAAGGGACUCAUACAAUAAUAAUCUGAUUCUGUUAUAUUUCUGUGUUUGGCCUCAUAUAUUAAGUAGUAAUGAUGUAGUGAUGUGUGUGUAUGUGUGUGUGGGGGGUACAUCAUCCAUGCAAUGUGUCCAAAGCUCGAUGGGCGUUUGACAUCGUGGUUAAAACCUGAAUAUUAUUAUUUUCUUUUAAAAUAGAAACGUAACAAAAAGUUUAAAAAAUUUUAAAAGAACCGAAUUGGAUAUUUGAUGCAGAUAUACAGUAUACAAGAAUAAAUAACAUUUAAGGACAAGGGGAUGUUUUCUGUGGGAUUCAAGCGGCUAUAAAGGGGAAACACCGUCAAAAGCAAUUAGCAUUCGUUCGGCUUGAGUAUAUUCUCUUCGACAAUAGAUAAGGAGAGAGAAUUCAUAACACUGUGCUGCAGGAAUCAGCUGAAGACAGUCGGUAAGGAAAGUGGUGUUUUUUUUUUUUUCUUUCUUUUUCUCUUCAUCUGUUAGUCAUUCAACCUGGUCCUGUGAAGUGAUGCAGCCCUGUUGUUUUUCUGUCUCGUUAUCCAACACAUUUGUGCUUCCACCCUCCUCCUCCUCCUCCUCUUCCUCCCCUCGGAUCACAGCCGUUUCCAAACAUCUCUACAUUCAUAUAUGUGCAAUUACAAGGCUGAGUAUUGUGAGUAGUCCUUAUAUAUUGAGCCAUAUAUACACAUUCAGUUCUGUGUAAUAUCUGAUAUACACACAAAAAAAUCAGGUAACAAAAUAAAUAUGUGCAUUCCAUGGAAACGUUCACUCGCAUACGAUAGACCAUGAUAUGAAAAAGAAAAAAAAAACAAAAAACCUGACGUUUGUGGUGAUUAGGUGAGCGUUAUAUACGUGAGCUUAAACAUUGCAGAUGUGCAAAAAUCAUUUCAACUUAAAACGAGGAGGCAUGCCCACCUCCUUAGUACAUAUAUACAUACAGAAAUGGAAGCUACAUAUUUCUGGGAUUACACGUUUCCCUUUUCACUGCGAGAGUGCUUCGCAGAGCCUUUUGCCAAAUGGCUGAGGUGUUGGUCGGCCUGGGCUCCUUCCAAGUUAAGAAAAAAGAGGGGUCUGAUAAAAAAAGACAAACAAAAAAAAAAAAA